CGCAGUAUAGUGUUCCGAUGUCCGGUUAUGCACCACACAGCGGGAGCUGCUUUACGGAAUUCGUUAAAUACCACUAUCGAGUUCAAGGUGUAAGAAAUCUUCUUGACAACAUCGACAAACACCUUCCUCGUAGUCUGUAACGAAGGCAUUCAAACGAACUUCUUUCCUUCCUUAUAUCAUUGAUGAUUUGUUUCACAUGGCCCUCGGGCGGCCGAUCUCCCAGGUAUUUAGUGCCUCGAUUCCCAUCUUCUUGCUGCCUUCCUCGUCCCCCACUCACCAUUCCCAUUAUCUUGCCAGAUACAGACAUCUUUAGUCUCUAGAAAUGCGGUCUCUCCUUCUUGUAUGGAUGCUGGUCGCGCCAUUGAUAGCAUCAGUUGCUGCACAGGACCUCACGCCAUCUACAUCCUGGAAAAAUCCUAACAUCACAUUGUCCAAGGACGACCGCAUCAGCAUUGCAAGUGCUGCUAUCGAAAAGGCAGCUAGUAUGCUUCAGAACAAUGGGCUAUUCAACGAUUCUACACAGGGAACAGCUGGCAGGCUUUAUGCACAAAUGGCUGGAUUAGAUAGACUGACGAACCAAACAAUGUACAAGCAAACGUUAAAACAGGCUUUCGUGCUGGCAGAGUCGCUCUAUUCUGAAUUUUCGAACACGAUUGUCAGUUCUCUAAACUAUGGCUUGAAUUAUGGAUACGCUGCGGCUCGCGCUUAUACCGCUUAUCAAGACCCAGACUUCCUCGAUAUUGCUGUGACUUCGUGGACUUCUGCAAGACGUUACACGAUAUCUAAGGAACAAGCUGCGUCGGGCUCCACAGAUGUUAAGAACUUUAAUCUCUCAACCUCGUGCGAGGGCGCGACAAUGGCUGGCGGAACCUUUUAUAGCAUUAAUUCCAGCGACACAGCCCUCUCCAGUCUGGCCUCUGGCUCUUUUCUUGUUGUUUCGGCUCUAUUGGCAGAAGCAACAUCCAAUCAGACAUAUCUCGAUGCAGCCAUCGAGUCAGCCAAUUUCAUACAGUCGCAUCUUCUCGAUCCGUCUAAUAUCGUAGUCAACUCUAUAUCAUCGAAGUCAAAUGAUUCUUGCUCCGUAAGCCCGACGCUGUUCUCGUACAAUUCCGGAAUCUUCACUGAAGGAUUGGCGGUCCUAGUGGAUAUCACCCGUAACGCUUCAACUGAAGCCUUGUUGCGCAGCACUAUCACUACAAUCGCUAGAUGGCAAGGAAUAGAUGGAGUCAUAACUAUUCCUACCGAUGGAGGGCGUUACAUCGUACGGGCCCUGGCAGCGUUAUAUGAGCGGAACACGACGUACUCUGAUCUUCGUGAAUAUAUCAAGGAAUACAUUGGUGUUCAGUAUAAUGCCGUCAUUGAGCACGCUACCUCAGGCGGGACCAACAUUUACGGAUCAUCCUGGACAGGACCACCAAGCACGUCGUUCUCCAGUGACAAUCAAACUGUAGCUAUAAGCGCGCUGCUCAGCGCAAUACCUCUUGCAGACGACCAGGCAUCAUCGAAACCAAGUGAUACUCCCACGAGCACAGCCCCAUUGUCAACCAAGAAGAGCCCGACUGGAGUAAUAGUAGGCGGUGUCAUCGGUGGACUAGCGGUCGCUGCAGCUAUGAUCUCAGGCGUCCUUCUUUUGCGUCGCCGACACCGUCAAUGGAACAACAAUCCUCUUAAUGUGAACGGGCACUCCCCACAGAUCCUCACACCAUUCACGGCGACUUCAGUAGAGCACCAUAUGACCCUGGCUGAGUCGACGACUCCACCCAGGGCUGCCACAAGUCCGCCAAAUCCGCUGCCCACUGAGACUCAGAGAAGAGAAGAUACACGCGUAGAGGAGUUGCUGCGGUUGCUCCAUGAACGACUGCAGCCGGGCCGAUGGAAUGUCUCCGAGGAUGAGCUACCGCCAGAGUAUCACGAAGGACAGACUAUGUGA